AUGGCCGCAGCCGUGGCCGCCGUCGGCCUCGGCCUGGCGGGCGUGGCGUGGCUGUCGCGCGGCGCGGUGACCGAGUACUGGAGACAGGCCGACGUGAAGUGGCACGUCCUGAAGGAGCUUGCUGCUCGGCAGGCGGUGGUUCUUCUGCAAGUAGCUCAGCUGUACGGGGUUCUGGCAGCGCUCGCGCCAGAUCCGUCCACCGGUGAAGGUGCUUCCCGCGAAUCCUUCUGGGAACGCACCUACGUGGAUGCGUUGCAGCUGAACUUGGCACAGGCGCAGGACGCCUUUAGGCUUCAAUGCCUUUGGGAUGGUGACAAAGUGCGAUUGGCGUCUGCGUUGGCAUCCCCCAUGGCGCCCCUGGUCAUGCUUCUGGCAUGCGGUUUGCUGGAGAUCUUCCAGCCCUCUGUGGGUGCCGGCGCCACCUUCAAGAUUUUGACUAUCUUUUUCAUCGGUGGCGCCCGUGAAUCGGCGGCCCUUCUGCGCUGUCAGCUGGUCGACAAAGGCGGCGUGCCUUUGGGCGAGUUCGCGUUCUUGCAGAAGCUGCCAUUCUUGCUCUGCUCCGGAACAGAGGGCCCGAUAAAGUGGGUCUACGCAGUCGGCUACGGCACGGGGGCAGUCUAUGUCGGAGUUAUUCCUGUCGCACUUCUGUGUCUGUACAUGCGUCAGCACUCUGUACUGCGACCCAGCAAGACCAUCACGGCUCAUGCAAAGAGGGCGAAGAAGAGCUGGAUCACGAAGCUACUCUCGCUUAGAGCUUUGGAGGAACACACGGAGGUCAAUGAUGAGCACCUCCUCGCUGCUGCAGUGGCCCACAUGGCAGUCACUUUCCAGGGCAAGGUUUGGCUGCAGCUGCAAGAUGGCCAGGCGGAGAUGAAGACACCAGAGAGUGAAGGACGAGCAGCUGCUGAGCUAACUGUGAGCAGCUUCUUGGACAGUGGAGAUGAAAUAGCGACGACGCUCCGCUCACGCGCCAUCAUGAAGAUGCUGGUGGAGCGCUGUGAGAUGGAGAAGGCCUCCAAAUCAGACCGCUUCCUCUCUGGUGCUAAAGAGGUAUUCUUCAAAUAUGCCUUCUGCCGCUUUGUGUGGAUGGAGAUGGUGCAGAAGCUCUUGGCCGUCGGACUGGUCACCGAGGCCCAGCAACAGCUGGAGGCGCUGCAGAAGGGGCAGGCGGUGGAGCUGGUGGUCAAGACUGUCAGCUUCAUAUGA